AUGAAGUAUGGGACCCGUCAGUUUCCCCAGUCUGACCGUCGGGCCUGGGGUUUUGGGCAAAUUGAGCAGGAUGCAAUGAAAUGGCCCGUGGUGCCACAGUAUAUGCACUGGCUGGCAUCCAUUCUUCGCUGCCACUCCUCCGGAGAGAAGCGGGAAGAACCGAAGAAAGUUCGCUUUGAUUAUGACCUGUUCCUCCACCUUGAGGGACAUCCGCCUGUCAAUCAUCUCCGCUGUGAAAAGCUGACAUUCAACAACCCAACAGAGGACUUUCGAAGAAAACUGCUGAAGGCAGGAGGGACACGGGAUCCUCACAAACGAGGUUCAGAAGAAUCAAAAGUGAUGGUAAUGCAGGAAGGAUCAACCUUUCUGUUCAGCCAGCACCUCAAGCUGCCAGCACUUCCCAACAACUCACUGACGUCUUUGUCCUCCGAUCCAAAGAGAAGCAAGAGCUUCCACACUUCAAAGGAUUGCUUCAAAGGAGGUAAAACUGACCUACUCACAACAGCCACAACCACUAGCACAAACAGCAGCAACUUUUCCAAACUCCACAAACCCUCCAAGGACCACAAAGACAAGCCUUUAAGAAACUUGAAAGAGCCCAAAAGUGCCUUUAGAGACUCUGGCUGGGAAUCCUCAAAAGUCCCCAAAGAAUCUUCAAGGAAACCCAAAGAGAAUCAGCCACUGAGAGAUAGCAAUCCUAAGAUGGGUUUUAAGGAACCCAAGUCUUUGUCCAAGGAGCAUCGAAGUGAGUCAGUAACCCAUGGAUUAGGCUUAAACAAGCGCCUCUCUGUGUUGGACAGUGAUGAUCUUAUGACCAAAAAACGCAGAAAGGGGUAUCUGAAAUCAUCAGUAAAGCAAACAUUAGGUUCAGACUCUCAUUAUUCCGACAAGAAAAAAUCGCAGAUGGCAACAACUAAACUACGCCCAGAACUGGAUGAAGCAGAGCGCAAGAAAGUGUCCAGGCUUCCACCAUUCCAGGAGUUGGUGGACCCCAACGACUCUGAUAUGGAAGAUCAGACAAAGUCAGAUUCUGAACAGCCCAGUCCAGCCAGUUCCAGCUCCAGUUCAGGCUUUGCUCCCUCACACCACAAACGUCAAGUGCUUGGGCCGCUGCAGUCAGUGGUGCAAGAUCUGCAGUCAGACGACAACGAUGACGAUUCAGAAGAACUUGAAGACCACGACAUGGACUCUGAUGCAGAACGACCAACACAAACAUGUCUCACACACCACCAACACAGGGUUAGUUUAAGUGAUGGCAGUGAGACUGAUGGCUCCUCUCCCUCAUCCCCCACCCACAAAGAGGCCCCAGCUUUGAUAAAAAGCACCAAUAACCAGAUUCUAGAGGUGAGGAGCCCCAUCAGACAGAGCAAGCAAGACAAGAAUGAAAACCUAGACUGUGACAAGGCUUACCUGGAUGAGUUGGUAGAGCUGCACAAUAGACUGAUGACACUAAGGGAAGGCCAUAUACUGCAGCAGAUCGUAAACCUGAUUGAGGAGACGGGGCAUUUCCACAUCACAAAUACUACUUUUGAUUUUGACCUUUGCUCCCUGGACAGAAGUACUGUUCGGAAGCUGCAGAGUUACCUGGAGACCUCGGGAUUGUCCUGAGGCUCUGAGUGGCUGGGCUUUAGACUCUCUGUUUCUGUUUUGACUUUUCCUGAAUAUAAUCAAGGUUGGUUGUUGCACUGCAUCCAGUCUGCUGGAGCCCUGAAUCCAGCAGGUCGUCCUGCAAGUGGAAAGCAGCGGGAGGCGCUGUGGGGGCAGAGCCUGUCCAACAGGAGAUCACCUGUAAGGCCUUGUAGCUUCAACUGAUAGCAGCAUGGUGGCUGGUUUCUCUUAAUGAAUGUGCAUAUUGAUACAUGUAUGUUUCUUGAUUUGUUGUUCAUUGUGACAAACACAUGAUCAGCAUUGCCUUACAACAUGAUGUCUUAUUUAUUGAAUUUAUUUUGGAAGCGUAUGUGUGUGUAGGUGUGUGUGUGCAUGUGUGUGCGUUUGUCUAGGUGUGUGCGUGUGUAUGUGUAUAUGUGCGUGCACGCGUGCGUGUGUGUGUAUAAAAUGGUUCUGGCAGAAUGAGACAGUGGAAGCACUUCACACUUCACAAAGAGCAGAUCUUCCAACCUGUGAGAUUUGAUCAUCAUUCUGAAUUAAAAGAUCUUUAACUGGAGAUUUAAGACAGCCCUGAUCCACUGGGUAUAGAAUUCACAAAUU